GAAAGGAACGUGCAUACAUCUUGUCUGAGAGAUCUGUCGGAUCACACUCUAGAAUGGUGGACCUCUAUCUUAUUGGAUAUGAAGAAUGAAUUCAAUCGCAGCUCAGUCUUAAAAAUAUCAAUUCAAAAGAAUCGCCAGCCUUCGGAUGGGGCAGUGAAGUUUGGCCCCAACCCAGGCUCGUCUGGUAACAGACCACAUCUGUGUUUUCACCAACAAUCCUACACGACUAGGCGUUUAUUAUUGCCGUUUUUUACAGCUAUAUAUCUUGCAACUCACUGAGCCCCACCAUUUGUAAGACCAUCUACAGCCAUUUAUGGAAUCCUCACGGCCUAUGGUGGUGUAAUAUAGUAAAUGAUGACCUAGCCAGUGACAUUGCCUUGGUUGCCAAUGUGAAAAGUGCGGCCGGUCCCAACAAGACCCCAAUCGACGUCAUGGUCUGAGAUAAGAGACUUCAUCUCCUCCAACUCUUUCCGUUGCUUGGCUUUUUACUUUUGUUUAGUUGCUGCAACCAACGCAAGCUGUGGCAAAAAGAAAAAAAUCAGCGCAAAAUGGAGCGAUCGUACCGAAAUGCUAUAACACUACUUGAGAGCAGAAAAGACCGUGUUAAACCUAACAGACGUAGUAGAGCCUCUCAGUUACUCAGAAGAACAGGGUGUGGUAGUAGUGAUGGAGAAGAAUCUUCUACCGGGCCAAAGAACAACAGGCUCAGUACACUGGCAGGUAAUCCAACCAAGCCCGGUAAUGAUGGUAUGACUGAGUGGCUUGAUGCACUUGGAUAUACUCACAAAGAUUUUGACGUAAUCCACAUUGCGGGAACAAAAGGCAAAGCAUCCACAUGCAUGUUCGUUAAAUCUUUCCUCUCAUCUUACGCUUCUAGAACAGGUGUGGUGAAAAAGAUUGGUCUCUACACUAAUCCCUACUCUCCCAACAUUCGUGAGCCAAUCAAAAUCAACGCAAAGCCAGUAUCAGAAGACAAAUUCGCCAGAUACUUCUUCCAAGUAUGGGAAAUUCUUUCCGGCAAAUUUGCUGAAACCAUGAUGCCGGAUUUCAUGCAAUUGAGAUUGUUGGUCGCUAUCUAUACUUUCAUGGGUGAAGAUGUCGAUGUAGUCAUUAUGGAAACUCAUUGCGGAGGAGAAACCGACGCUACAAAUUUCGUCAAGCCAGUAGCUGUGGGUAUCGCACAGAUCCACGCAGAAUACGUUGAAUCAGGCGGACCUUCUUCCGAAGACUUGGCUUGGCAUGCAGGAGGCAUCAUGAAAACCGAAGCUCCUGCAUUUUCCAUUCCUCAAGGUCCAGAGAUUGAAAAAGUUCUCGAGACACGUGCUAAUGAGAAAAGCGCCGCAUUGAACUUUGUAACCGAAGAUCAUCGUCUUCCAAUCGCCGCCCACGCACUCAAAAACGAAAUCAAAAGAUCCGAGUGCUCCCUCGCCCUCGCACUCACAGAUGCAUAUCUCUUCUCUCUCUACAACGAAAAAUUCUCACCUCUUUCCUCCGAAGACAUAUCAAUCGGACUUGACCGAUUUUUCUGGCCUGGUCGAUUUCACAAAUUGGAAGUAGGACAGAACUCCUGGUUUCUCGAUGGUGCGCAUCAUUUCCAAACAAUCCCCAAAGCUGCAGAAUGGUUUGCCAUGAGUGUGUGUGAAGAAGCUACGCUCUCUCCCUUUUCGUAUGCACUGAGAAGAAUGAGACAAGCAAUUUUCAAUUGCGAGGAGAAGGGAAAUCCAAAGGUAGUGGUUUUCGGACAUCGGGCAAGAGGGGACGGUGAGAAGGUCGUGGAGAGUCUUGCAAAGGCGUUGGACAAGCAUAGGUGUAAGGUUAAACACGUUAUUUUCACAACUGAUUGGGAUGAUACCUCAAAAAUCACAGACGCCGACAUCUCUGCCAUGCGUUCUUACGCGCAAACUUGGCAGAAACUCGCUCCAAACUCUAGCAUUCUCCUUGAACCUAAUAAUGCAGCUGCAAUCGAUCUAGCCACCAAAAUCGGCUAUCAGAAUCACGCCAUGGAAUGUUUAGUCACGGGAAGUUUCUAUUUAACAGGAAGUGCAUUGAGACAUCUAGAUCCCACCGCGGAGAAGAUGUAAGAGAAAUGGAUGAAAUACCGGUUUAUGAGAUUGUUAAUUACGGGUUCCAUAUUAGACGUGAUGCA